GGAACUGGAACUGUUGAAAUUGAAGUUCCUACUCCAACCACUACUGUGACCUCUACUUGGACGGGCACUGUUACCACAACUACCACUCACUCCGCUCCACCAGGUGGAACUGUCACCGUUGAAGUUGAUGUCCCAGGUUUGACUUCAUCCUCUUCAGAGGUGGUGGAGAUUCCAUCAUCAUCUACGUCUUCCUCCUCAUCAUCUACGUCUUCCUCCUCAUCAUCAUCUGCCACUAGUUCUUCGUACUCUAGUAGCGGUUAUUGGAAUACUUCUUCAGUUGUUUCAACCACAUCAGUCCCUGUUACUUCAACAGAAUCUUCAACUACUCCAAUUCCAGUUACUUCCACUGAAACUGACAUUAAGACUACUGUUGUAACAAUCACCUCUUGUUCCGAUCACAAAUGUACAAAGACUCCUGUGACUACAGGUGUUACUGUCGUCACAGUCACUACUGAUGACUACGUUACCGAAUACACUACUUACUGCCCACUUACUAGUACGGAAACUCCAGCUGUUGUAGUAAGUACAACUAGCUCAGAGACUCCUGCUACAAUUGUCACCACUACGGAAGCUACCGGAGAAACCACCACUCCUGUGGCGGUAGAGGUAGCAACAACCACGAAGACACCAGAAACGGCAGAAGAGGCAAUCACUCCACUGGUUCCAGUUACUACUACAGAGACCUCAGUAGUUGAAACCACACCAGUUACAGAAGCUGAAGCCACUCCUGCAAUUACAGAAUCUGUGGCCACUCCUGCAGUUACAGAAGCUGAGACUACUCCUGCGGUUACAGAAGCUGAAUCCACUCCAGUAGCAACAGAAGCUGAAUCUGCCCCAGAAGUCACUGCUGCUACCACCUUAUACACAAGCUCGGUUGCUCCAGCUGCUUCAACUGCUCCAGCAGAAGUUUCUCAAGUCAACGCUGGUUCCAAAUCAAGUUACUCUGCAUUGGUAUUAUUGGCAGUGCUCCCAAUGUACUUGAUCUAA